AUGGAUUUAAGAGUUGGCAGGAAGUUUCGUAUUGGUAGGAAGAUUGGGUCAGGGUCUUUUGGUGAUAUUUACCAUGGGACGAACUUGAUUAGUGGAGAGGAGGUAGCUAUUAAGUUGGAGCCUAUAAGGACGAAGCAUCCUCAGUUGGAUUAUGAGUCGAGGGUGUACAAGUAUCUCAGUGGGGGUAUUGGUAUUCCGUUUAUUAGGUGGUUUGGAAGGGAGGGAGAUUACAAUGCUAUGGUUAUAGAUUUGUUGGGACCAUCGUUGGAAGACUUGUUUAAUUAUUGUCAUCGAAAGUUUUCCUUAAGGACAGUGAUAAUGUUGGCGCUGCAGAUGAUUUGUCGUAUUCAGUAUAUUCAUGGAAGAUCUUUUAUUCAUAGAGACAUAAAGCCGGACAAUUUUUUGAUGGGUGUUGGUAGGCGUGGGUCUACAGUGCAUGUAAUUGAUUUUGGGCUAUCGAAGAAAUUCAGAGAUUUCCGGACUCACAAUCAUAUUCCGUAUCGUGAAAACAAGAACUUAACGGGGACAGCCCGUUACGCGAGCGUUAACACCCAUCUAGGUAUUGAACAGAGUAGGCGUGACGAUUUGGAGAGCUUGGGAUACGUGUUAAUUUAUUUUUGCAAGGGGUCUCUACCAUGGCAAGGUCUAAGAGCCACGACAAAGAGACAAAAAUAUGAUCGUAUUAUGGAGAAGAAGUUAUGCAUCAGUGUGGAACAGUUGUGUGCAGGUUUGCCUAUUGAGUUUGUUGAGUAUAUGCGUUAUUGCAGGAACCUAAGGUUUGAUGAAAGGCCUGAUUAUAUGUAUGUGGCACGUCUAUUUAAAGACUUGGCAAUUAAGCUUGAGUACCACAAUGACCAUUUAUUUGAUUGGACUAUGCUACGCUAUACAAAGGCUAUGAUUGACAAGCAGUCGCAGUCGUCCGACGCACAGCAACAACAACAACAACAACAGUCCGUUCAAGAAGCUGCUAAUGGUGAGUCUGACACUGACUCUAAAAACGCCUCCUUUAUGAAGGUGAAGAAGUUGGCAAUGAUGAAGUUCCCUAGUCACUUCCACUACUGGAAGCCAAAUGACACUCAUCAUCCAAAUCCCGAAGAGAUCAAGCACCAAACUGUUCAAAACACACAAAUUGUGUCUACGAUACCAGAUGAAGUAUUAAGUGAAAUUGAUAAGAAUAUGGAAGCUUUAAAGCAGGAAGCUGAGCAAGGAAGAGUCAGACCAGGCAAUUCACAGUCACAGCAGCCAAAUGGCACUCCGGUUACUUUGCUAGAGCAACAAAAGGCCCAAGUUCAAGGUCAACAAGAACAGCAGCUACAGCAGCAGCAGCAGCAACUGAAUCAACAAGGACAAACUCAAAUGCCGUUACAAACUCAAGUACAAUCUCCACAGACUCAUCCAGCACUAAAACCAGAUGGAAAUGCAGGAGGAACGGGUAUAUGGUUGUGA